CAGCCAGCCCAGCACCCACCACCACCCACACCUCGCCAGGGGGGCACACUACACAAUGACCCCCUCCGACCCCAACAACCCAACCUACUACGAAAUCCUCAACCUCUCCCCCACCACCCUCACCACCCAAGAAGAAACCGGCGGCGAACCCGCCGCCGCAGCGCUCAUCAAACGAGCCUACCGGCGCGCGCUACUCAACCACCACCCGGACAAGAAAUCGUCACCCUCCCCCAACCCUCCACCCCCAUCAAACACAAACACAGACACAAACACACACAACACAACACACACCUACACAAUCGACCAAAUCUCCACCGCCUACGCAACCCUCUCCCGCCGGGCCCAGCGCCAAGCCUACGACACCUCCCUCCUUCUCCAGCGCCAAUCCCAAUCCCAAUCCGCAACAUCAGGAGGAGGAGGAGGCGGGGGUGCAGGGGCGGCAGCGUUCCAGACGGGCAUCGAGACGGUCGACCUGGACGAUCUGGAGUGUGAUGAGGAUGCGGACGGGGCCGGGAGCGAGACGCAGUGGUACCGGGGGUGUCGGUGCGGGAAUCCGAGGGGGUAUCAGUUCGCCGAGGCUGACUUGGAGGAUGCGGCUGAUUUGGGGGAGUUGAUGGUUGGGUGUGCGGACUGUAGUUUGUGGUUGAGGGUUUGUUUUGCGGUGGUCGAGGAGGAUGGUGACGAUGAUGUUGGGGUUCGGGAGGGUGGUAGUGGUAGCGGGACUAAGGGAGGAACAAGUGCCGGUGCUGGAGGUGGUCAAAGGUGAAAGCCACCGAGUUUACCUGAAUAAACCAGGUCGAGAUCAUGCAAGACAGUACAAUUCAUAUCCACGGCUGUAGCCAGCAAAGCAUGAGACGCCAAACAGGUCUAUUAUUGACGACGGGGUUUUAUUCUUGCCCAGGCGAUCCUCGC